AUCAGGAACAACUGCAACUAACCAUAUCUAGCUAGUACAAUUACAAUUAUAAAUACUUGGUUUCAAAAUUUAGAUUGUAGAGCUGUACUUUUCCGCAAAAGAUUUCGCUAUUUAGUUAAUUAGAGAUCUGGUCAACAAUUUUAUCCUGAAAUUUCGACUACUUUGAUUUUCACAUAGCCUUCGUCACCUAUAGCCAGAAAUCAAAGCAGAACCCUUGCUGCAGCAUCACCAACAAAAAAAAAAUGCCAGAAACCAACAGUUCGGACAUUCACAUCCUCAUGUUUGCAUGGUUUGCCUUUGGUCACAUGACUCCAUUUCUCCACCUUGCUAACAAGCUGGCUAAAAGGGGUCAUAGGAUAACUUUCGUAUUACCGAAAAAAGCUGUGAACCAAUUGGAACAUUUGAACCACUAUCCUGAUUUAAUCUCUUUCCAUCCUGUUACUGUUCCUUCAGUCACUGGUCUCCCUCCUGGUACCGAGACUUGCUCUGAUAUCCCCAUUUUCUUGACCCAUUUCCUCUCCAUUGCCAUGGACCUUACCAGGGAUCAAGUUGAAAGUGUCAUGACUUCGAUUAAACCGAAGCUGGUUUUUUAUGAUACUGCUCACUGGAUUCCUGACAUAGCCAAACCACUUGGGAUCAAAACUAUAUGUUUCAAAGUUGUUUGUGCUGCAUCACUAGCUAUUGUUUUGGUUCCAGCACGAAAUCUGACCAGCGAAAGGCCUAUAACUGAGGCUGAAUUGGCUGAGCCACCACCUGGUUACCCUUCUACUUCGGUAGUGUUGCGUGGCCGUGAAGUCCAGUCUUUGUUAUUUGUAUCAAACCCUUUUGGAGAAGGAAUAACGUUUCACGAGAGAAUCACCUUGGCAUUGAAGAAUUGUGAUGCUAUAUCAUUAAGGACUUGUCGUGAAGUUGAAGGGAAGUUUUGUGAUUAUCUUGGAAGUCAGUAUGAGAAACCAGUUCUUUUAACAGGUCCAGUUUUGCCUGAAGAGUCCGAGUCUCCAUUGGAUGAACGAUGGGGUAAUUGGUUAGCCGGAUUUGAACCAGGUUCAGUGGUGUAUUGUUCCUUUGGGAGCCAGAUCAUUCUUGGAAAGACUCAGUUCCAGGAACUUAUGUUAGGGUUUGAGCUAACAGGGCUUCCCUUUUUCGUCGCCUUAAAGCCACCGUUGGAGGCUGCAACAAUUGAAGAAGCACUGCCUGAAGGGUUUGAAGAGAGGGUUAAAGGAAGAGGAGUGGUUUGGGGUGGAUGGGUGCAGCAACCAUUGAUGUUGGCUCACCCAUCAGUCGGAUGUUUUGUUAGCCAUUGUGGGUUUGGUUCAAUGUGGGAGUCUUUGAUGAGUGAUUGCCAAAUAGUGUUGGUUCCCCAAUUGGGUGACCAAAUCUUGAAUGCUAGGCUAAUGACUGCUGAGCUCAAGCUUGCUGUGGAGGUUAAAAGAGAAGAAAAUGGAUGGCUUUCAAAGGAGAAUUUGAGCGAAGCGAUCAAAUCUGUGAUGGAUAAGGACAGUGAAGUGGGUAAGUCGGUGAAGGAGAAUCAUAAGAAGUGGAGAGAUACAUUAAACCCUGAAUUGAUGAAUGGUUACAUCGAUAAGUUCGUCCAAGGCAUGCAUGAACUUGUAGAGUGA